CACACUGCGAUGUUGUACUCAAGAGAUGGAGAGAAGAUCGCGUCGCGGAAUUUCUUUGGGAAGUUGCAUGUCUUUCCCGAACGCAAGGCCAUGCGCAUGUGUUGAGCCCCGACGGUUAUUUCGUGGAGGAGGUGAAUUGUGGAACAACCUCUGCUGGUGGAGCGUGCGAGCAAGAAGAACAAGACGGGCUGUGCCGCUUUUACCAUCUGUGCUUCUCAUAUGGUGCUAUGGAUCUGGGUGCAGGUUUAUCUAGUUUUUCGCUCGCUAGAUCAGGGAGCUAUAAUUACACAUUGCGACAACAUCUGCAGGCCUUGUUUGGGACGUCGAAGCAAGGGUAUCUUAGUACCUCCGCUGACAGCGGGAAUCCAGAAGACUACACGGCUGGUAUCGAAAAAUGUUACUUGCGACAAGUAAUUGCUAUUUUCGCCCAGAUCGCGGAUGCGAUGCGCUUUUUGCAUUCAUGUGGCAUCGUUCAUCGAAAAAUCUGCGUCGAUACUAUCGUCUUGGAUGAAGCAUUGGCGUCAAGCGGCGCUUCACCACAUGCUUACCUAUCAGAUUUCUCGUAUUCUUGUUGCGACAUGGAGACGCUUGCUGGGGAGGACGAUCUUUUUUCGUUGAUGGACACUGAGCCACCUUCUGGCGAGGACUCAAAGUCUUCUAGCGGCUGGCAGACGGCUCUGUGUAAUGAUGAGAAGGCCGCCUGUCUUCUCGCAGACAAGAUGUUUGUAGAGAAAAAGAUAUCUUCGGAGAAUGUUGCAGUCUCAGACUCAGUCGCAGACUAUUUCGCUCCGGAAAUAGCUAACGCCUUGGCAAAGCUGAAGUCUGACGAAGAACAACCGCGAACUUCACCUUCGAUUUUUCAAGAAGCCUCUUCGUCUUCGAGAUGUCCUUCCGGAGAAAUCAAUGUGGAACGGGCCAGAAACCUCGGCCAAAAAGUUCCUUGGUCAAACUUUUCCGACGUUUUUUCGCUGGGUGCAACUUUCGCAAAGACUCUUUUUUCGCCUACGGAUACCGAAGGCUUCGAGGUGCGGACUCUUCCGCGAAAUCCAGUGUCUCGUCUCCUAGAAGUGCCGGGUCAGCUGUUAGAGCGUUUUGCUCGAGCGCCUCUUCUCUGGGACGCUUUGGAUUUCAUGCAAAGCACUCUGCAGAGCGACCCAGGUGCGAGACUUCAUCACAUGACGAGUAGCGAGGGCGACCUUACCAAUCAUCCAGUCUUUUCCUACACCAGAAAUGUGGCAGGAAGCGUACAACACCGACCGUCGCAACGAGUCAUGGGAACCGAGACGAGUGGUGGUCGCGACCAACAAGCAUCCCAAGUCUUUGAGAGUCUCGGUCGACUGCGGGAACAGUAUCGCUACGUUUGUAGCAAGGAGCCCCUUCUAUUCCAGCGCGAGAAGGUUUUCAAGCAGAUCCUGUCAUCAAAGAUACACGAAUGGAAAGAAGACAUCCUGUUGGGCGAGUGGCGCACACUGCUAGAUGGUGAGAGUGGAGUCGAUGGUGGCGGUCUCCGGCGAGAAAUUUUCCACUUGUUCUUUGAGCAAAUGUUCGCUGAGUCGAGGGGCCGUUUUAUUGUCUCGUCCUCGAGUAUUGAUCAAGAACAAGACAAAGAUCCUACUGGCGAAGAAGAACCCAAAUGGGAUGAAAUGCACGGCUGUUACAUUCCGAAAAGGCCAAUAUCCUCAAGUACAAGAUCUCAGAAGUCAGCGGACGGAUGCAGUGUAGAGGAUCCAGUUUGCAGACUGGAAUGGAAAAACAACUGGGUCGCCAUAGGACUCAUGAGUCUUCGUUGCGUCAUUCAUUGCCACCAAAUACCGGCACCCCUCUCACCAUUCGUUUGGGCUGCCACCUUUGGACUGGCGCCAAGGCUGCCACCAGAUGACGUCACACCAGCGACUGGGCCUUCUCCUCCUUUUGAUUCCUCCUUGACAGACGACGCUCGUCAUACCACUGCGCGGAGCAACAAAGCCGAAAAGGCUAUUUUCGCGAGAAUUGCUCAGAUAAGAAGAGGGCAUGGCGACGCUUGGGCGCGGCAGCAUCUGAACUGCUUCCUCGCAUUGUUAGAUGAUCCGGAGAAAGAGCGCUCCUAUCGUUGGAUGUUUACCUCGCUCGUAUCUGUUAAAGACGACCACGUGGUGACUACAAGUGAGCGGCAAAUGAAGAAAUUUUUUCGUCGGGCAAAAGGCGUUCGUCAGCAGUACCACUUUGUGCUUAAAGAAGCAGGGACUGAUGUCUUUGAAGAUCUCUUGGACCCGCGGGCCUACCGUUUUCUCACGAACUCCGCCACGCCUGUGACACUUUGCCGAGUAGAGAAUGAAGACGCACAAUCGUCAACAUGGUUCUUCGCGUAUGACGCGGCCACGGAAGAAGAUGCGGCGAGAAUACCUCCAGCAGCAUUGACGAGGGCCCGCGUUAGCGCCCUUCGAAUAUCUUAUGGUCUCC